GCACACAUUCAAUCACUGAUCCAGAUGAGCCAGCUGGGGCACCAGCGCUACUCACUGAACGCGAACGGGGCGUUUCAAAGACGAGGAAACAAUGAUAAUAGAUUGUUUUGAAAUAGCGAUUGGGAACUUAUAGUUAUGAGGUGUUGGCCUCCGCUGGAUGGAUGGUUGGAGGCUACGUGGUAGUUUAUGAGUGAUUGGACCGGUGCGCUGGACGGGUUCAGUCUGAUCUAUACAGGUCUGAAAUGAAAAACAUCACAGGUCUCUUUGGGGCGACCCGACAUCAGUGGGUCUCCUGGCUGCGACUCUUGUUUUUGAUGCUCUUUUGGAUCUGUUUAAAAGCACAGCAGUUAAAAAACACUAGAUGGCCGCUAUAUUCCGGCAAGCCGUUGCUUUUGGCCUGGAACGCCCCUACAGAAGACUGUCGACCUCGACAUGACGUCACCUUCCAGUUGGAUCAGUUCCAAAUAGUGGCGUCACCAAACGAGGGCUUCACCAAGCAAAAUCUCACCAUCUUCUAUCUGGACCGUUUGGGUUUGUACCCGUAUUUUGAGCCAGAUGGCACUCCAGUCAACGGCGGCCUACCGCAGGUCGCCAGUCUCAUGCAACACCUAGAACGGAUGCCGGAAGGGCUCAAGAAAUACAUCAAGGACCCGACAGUGAAGGGUCUCGCUGUGAUCGAUUGGGAAGAGUGGCGGCCCCUCUGGAUACGUAACUGGGGCACUAAAGACAUUUACCGCGAUCGCUCGCGACGGUUAGUCACUGAGAAAAACCCAACUUGGCCUCAAGAUCAGGUGGCCAAAGUGGCCCAGCAAGAGUUCGAGCUUUCUGCACGUAAGUUCAUGUUGGAGACGCUUCGUUCGGCCAAGAGCUUACGGCCCCAUCAGCUUUGGGGUUUCUACCUCUUUCCUGAUUGUUACAAUCACAAUUACAAAAAUAAGAGCUACACGGGACACUGUCCGGACGUGGAGGUGAAAAGGAACAACGAACUGCAGUGGCUGUGGACGGAGAGUACAGCUCUGUAUCCUUCUAUAUACAUGGCAAAAGUGCUGAAGGACCAACUGGCUGGACGCCAGUUCGUACGGAACCGGGUCAAGGAGGGCAUGAGGUUGGCAUCUGUUGGGAACGGGUCAGCCAGGCCUGUGUUUAUCUACACGCGGCCCACUUACCAAAACAAUCCCCCAGCUUCUAACGGCAACCCUCUUGAACUCCUGCUGCUGACAGAGACGGAUCUGGUGUCGACCAUCGGCGAGAGCGUGGCGUUGGGUGUAGCGGGCGUCAUCCUCUGGGGCGACUCCAACUACGCCAGCAGUCAUGCGACUUGUUCCAGUCUUAACGAAUACCUGCGAGGGCCGUUGGGUCGCUACCUACUUAAUGUGACGUCAGCCGCCGAGCAGUGCAGCAGAAAGCUUUGCGGAUUUCACGGCCGCUGCCUUCGCAAACAGCCGGACACGGACACGUACCUGCAUCUCAGCCUGAACACUCACAGCAUAGAGUGGCAGGGAAACACGCUGAAGGUCUCGGGCCAGAUGGGAGAAGAAGAGCUGAGCCGUGUGCGCGAAGAGUUUCAGUGUCAGUGCUAUAACGGCUACGUCGGCGACGACUGCAGCCAGAGGGAUGCUGGGAAUAGAGCUGUGCUCGCCUGGACCACGUUUUUGCAGGUUUUGCUGCUGCCGCUGCUCUUGAUGGGGUUCCUGCACUGAGGAGUUUCGGUGGAAGCGGUUUGAGGUCGAUACGCUGGACUUCCUCGUCAAGAGAUGCGCAACGUCAACGACAGGAAGGCCUUUUGUUCGCUAGAAUUUGAACAGAAUUUGAAUGUGCGCGCUAACUCUGUGGACUGUAUUUACAGCACAGCGGUGGCUCAGUGUGUUUUUGGUUCAAGUGCAUCGCCCCCUGCUGCAUGGGAGGAUGAACUGCGACAGAUGGAAUUGCAAAUUUUUUUUUUUGUUUGGUUUUUUUUGGCUAGGUUUGUGUUUGUGCGAUUGAAAUUUUAUCUCGUCUGUGUGCAUUUUUUAUAAAAAGUAAUUGAUGUGGUGGUUUCCGCUGUCAUCCGAGGCCUUUUUUAUUUCUUUGCUGCCUUUCUACCUGCGUAAAACCAGUUGUGACCUUAUUUCUGGUGUGUGUCACAUGACCAGCUCCUUAAAGGGACACAUUUUGUUACUUGCAAUGCUGCUGCCUCAUUAAAGCCUCACUUAGAUUGAAACCUGUCUCCUGUAUCACAUUUCACUCCAAAAUUAAAAGAAAUUAGAGAAAUUAUUUUGCAUGAGGAAAAUGGAGCCAGUUGUAGGAUCAUUUGAAUUUUUUAGCAUCGUUUUUGAUUUUAUUUUCAUGACAGUUGUGCAUUUUCCUCCCAGAAAUUCUCAUAAUACAUUUUUAAAUUAUUCUCAUAGUUAUGCACUUGUUUUCUUAUAGUAAAAAGAAAAUCAUAAUGAUUUGUAAAUUAAGUCAUAUUGAAGGCAAUGCAACAAGGUAUAACAUUUACAUUAUUAUACUAUAAAUUAUUCAUAUUAAAUCAGUAAUAUUAAAAUAUGCUUGAAACCUGUUUUCCUUUUUUCAGUUAAUUUCAUAAGCUACACUCCCAGAAAUUAUCGUAAUGCAUUUUUUAAAUUCCCAGUUUUCUCAAUGUGAUUCUCAUUAUAGUAAAUCAUUUUAUUACUGUAAAAAAGAAAACCAUAAUGAUUUAAAUGAAAUCAAACUUACACGACAAUGACAAUAUAAAAUUACAAUUUAAAUUAUUAUAUUUUAUUACACUAUAAAUGUUUGUUAAAUUAAUAAUUCUAACAUUUAAAGUAGAAUUUUGAAUUCAUCUUUACAGUAAUAAGAAUAAUUAUUUAAAUGGUCCUAUAAUUAGGUUUCUUUAUGCUAAAAUAUGUGUUUUGUCAUUAUUUUCUUUUUAAUUUGGGGUGAAAUAUGAUUUCAGACAUGUUCUUGACAGUUUUCUUAAGACCACUGCUGGAUAGUGAGGAAUUGUUGAGUCUUGUAACUUCUUCUGCCAAAAACAUGAAUGUAAAUGCCAAAUCAGUGAGCUGCGGUACACACAAGUAAAUAUGCUUUUUAAUUUUUCUGCCUAGGUUGCACAAAUCUGUUUUGAGGCAGGAUUUCCCCCUUUAAUUGCUGAACUUUGCAUUUCUGCUCUUAAUUUGUGUGGGAUAAACUGGAAAGGCUUUAUUUGUGUUUCCAGCAUGAGUUUGUAUCAUUUCGGCUAAAAAAAAAAAACACUAUCAUAGAUUGUUUUUGUUUUCCUGUAGUUAUUUCUUGUCAUUGUAGUGCCUUUAAAGGCAUAGUUCACCUAAAAAUGAAAAUUCUGUCAUUUAUGAACUUAUUUUCAAACCUGUUUGAUUGCUUUCUUGUCUGGACAACAAAGCAAAUAAUGAUAUAAAUUUCUCUUUAAUUGUCUCUUUUAA